AUGAGCUUCCUCCAUCGCCGACGCUCGCUUCAAGCCCCACUUCUCGUUAAGGAGAAGGAAAAAGACCAAAAACAAACAGUUCCAGCCGUCUCUUUGAUCCCAGCACCAUCAAUAUCUGCUGCUGCCGCCAUCGAGAAUGUUCCGCGAAAGGGGACGCGAACACGGACUACGAGCGCGUUAGGUGUCAUCAAACGCGUCUCGUCCAUUUUUACAGGCUCGACGCCGCGCAAGAAGGCACCUCCCAGUUUGUCGAUCGUCGAUCACGCGCUCGAGACAAAUUCCCGGCCGCGCUCGUUCAACUUUGAAGUUUCCUCCAUAAUCUCCUCCACCGAGUCCGAAGACGACAUACGCAGGCCGAGUGGCCUGGGUAGCCCCGUCGCGCUCACUAUACACUCCAACUUGUCGCUACCGCCGUCUCCGUUUUCUCCGACAGGCCCACAGGAAGUUUACAACGCGUAUACUUUUGAUGGGAAUGGCGAGUACCAGCGGACCAGGGCAGUUAGCUCACCUAACCUGCUCCGGUCGCUCAGCUGGAAGGUCAGAGAGAAAGUCAAGGCGCACCAUGCGUCGAUCACGCCCAGCCCGACUAGCGAACAACCGCCAUCGCCGCUGUCGCGGAUGUUUUCGAUUCAGUUCCCGUCCGAAAUCCUGGUCCUCGUCAUGGCCCACCUACCUCGACAUGACGUAGCGAUCGCUGCUACAGUCUCCAAACUAUACGCCGCGGCUGCACGUAAAGCGUUAUAUGAUUCUCUAGACUUUGACUCGCUCUCCCCGUCCCAGGCAGAAAGAUUAAUUGCGCAAUUGGCGUCGCGAAGGGAUUUGACAGACCUAGUAACGACGUUCGUCUGCCGAGCUUGGCCACCUUUCUACAUGUCAGGCAGUGGCGUACACGGACAGCCGUCUGCCCAGAAUGGUCGUGAAUUCAAGCACCAGGACGCCUUGCUAACGGCAACCUUCACACUGGCGCUAGAGCGCAUGUCGAACCUCCACUCACUUACAUUACCUUCCUUUGACCCAUCCCUUCUUUCCCAGUACUCCGUGUUUGGUCUCAGAAGCUUGACAUUGCUAAAUCAUGCCUCGACAGAUACCGAAAUCAAGGAGAUCCUUACCUGGUUGGACGCCCAAGCUAACAUCACAUGCCUACGAUUCCCGAAUCUUGAAGAUAUACCUCCGAAAGCCUCAGACAUACCAGUCCUUAAUCUUGACGAUACCCAAUCAACCACCGAGCCAUCAACGCCAUUCCUUCGCCCGUAUACUUCCAACGGUUUAUCCCCGCAUGUCUCUCCUUUGUCGUCGCCCCGCUCAACCAUCUUCCAUUCGCCAUCCACGCCGCCUAGUCCAUCCGCUAUAUUGCCCGCGUCGACGUUGCUACCGAACCUGAAAAUUCUCCAUGCGUCAUCUACCUUGGCUAUGCUACUCUUACCUUCUGAGCCACACGUUCGUCAAACGCUUACAUCCGUAACCCUGAACAUCAGCGCCACCCUGUACAACGGCCUGCGGCCUGCCGCUCUGAUGUGCGCCCUGAAAGGCAUCACGCACCUCUCUCUCCGAUUCAGCGAAAAUGUCGAUAAACGGACGCUCGAAAAAGUCGUGGGCGCUGCUGGAGCCUCGUUGGGUUUGGUGUACCACAAAAGCCCGGUUACAGUGGACGUCACGCCUCCGGACGACUCUCAAACUCCGCCCAUUUCAACUUCGUCCAACAACGAACGGUCGGGCCUUCGUUCGCUAGAAAUCUCCUUUCCAAAACGCUCUACUGCUCCAUCGGGACGUGAAGAGGCCCUUUACAAGAGCCUGCAUGCAUCGCUGGCGCGAUACAAGAUGCUUACUUCUCUGCGGCUUUUCGUCGACCAUCCCGAUCAACCAGAUGAGCAAGAUUAUGACGGAGUAGAUUCCGAUGCGCAGAAGGAGAAAGGCAAACACAACGCGAGCACGCCACCGCCUCCUUCUGCGCUAGAGCUCAUCCUCAUCUCCUCGUGGGUGAAGCUCUGUCCCACCCUAGAGUUCAUCACACUUUUCUCUGGUUCGCGCUGGGACCGCGCUACCCAGCCCAUCCAGAAAACGCAAUCGGAACCGAAGGUGUUCAAGUUUCCAUAA